AUGGAAGCGCCAUGCCAUGGAUCCAGGAGGGAGAUUUCUGAUGCACAAGGCCCACGGGAAAGCCUUGAUGAGGCCCAGACCAUAAGGUCGUUAGGAAUCACAAGACUCUUGGUGAGAUCGAUUGAGAUAAUGUCUAUGCUAAGAAAGAAAAGGCUACUAGCCAAUAUCAACGAUGAUGCGAAAUCCAAAUUGGCUGUUUUUUGCAAUAAUGAGGCCAUCAGUAAACUUGUUGAUCGCGUGUUUCACUGUGCCGAAAACUGUGCCAACAUUGAUCAUCGUUGGGUCUUCCAAAGUCCCAAAAAUGGUGUACUAUCGGCUACUUGUUGCUUCCACCCUGUCAUAAGCUUCAUUCAGUGCACUACACUGGGUUACUAUGACAUCCCUCUACACAUAGCAUACGAUAAUGAGCCUUGGGGCUCUUUCGUGACGGGGGCUUUACUCGCUGCCCCUGCCGAUUCAAACGAACAAGCGUACUAA